AUGCUUUUUGAUCUAUUCCGAAAAACACAAAUAAAUAAGCCAAAGUCUGUUAGAAAUUUUCGACGUUCUGUUAUCAUUAUAUCAAUAGGAUUGUUGAUUGCGAUAAUUAAGAUAUUAUCCAUUGAAGUACAUAAUGAACUGCCUAGUAUAAAUACAACCUAUAGCACAGCGAAUAACCUACCCAUUAUAAACCUCUAUUUUUAUUAUGAUAAUAGUUUUAACAUCACCUGUAUUUUAACUAACGACCAUGUAAAUAAUUCUAAUUGUACUGAAUACGUGACUUAUAUGACUUAUCCUGAUAGUCCAGACGGUCAUUAUGUUGGAAAAUUUUUACCAAAUUAUAAUGUAAAUUCCGAUACAGGGGACUCUCAGUUUCGCCUUCAAUAUGAUAAUUUUGAUCCGAAUAGUGAAACUAUUGUUAAUACAACAGAUACAUUUGAUUUAUCACUUGUAGAUAAAAAUUUGCAUUUUUUGUCACAAUCAAGUAAUGAUUUUGUU